GGUGCGGCAUCUCUGAUCAUCUCCUCGCACUUUCCAUCAUGUCCUCGUUCUUUGGUCUAGGCAAAACACGAACAUUCAAGCCCCGCAGGGACGUCCCCGAAGGCACCAAGCAAUAUCAGCUCAGGAAGUAUGCUGAAGCCACUCUGGGAUCUGGUAACUUGCGAUUAGCUGUCAAGUUACCCGAAGGAGAGGAUCUGAACGAAUGGCUUGCUGUUCAUGCGGUUGACUUUUUCAAUCAUCUGAAUAUGCUGUAUGGUACCGUCACCGAAUUCUGCACUGCUCAAGAAUGCCCCAUCAUGUCCGCCGGUCCACGAUACGAGUAUCUCUGGGAAGACGGCGUGAAGUACAAACGGCCGACCAAGCUCCCUGCUCCAGAAUAUGUGGAUGCUCUGAUGAAUUGGGCCCAAGCCAUGCUCGAUGACGAGAAUAUAUUCCCCAACAAAAUUGGCGUUCCGUUUCCCAAGAACUUCAGAGACACCGUCCGCACCGUCGUCCGCCGUCUCUUCCGGGUCUACGCGCACAUAUACAGCAAUCACUUUGAUCAGAUAUGCGCCUUGGGCAUCGAAGCCCAUCUGAACACAAGCUAUAGACAUUUCUUCCUUUUCAUACACGAGUUCGAUCUCGUAGACAAGAAAGAACUUGCACCGCUAGAUGAGCUUAACGAAGCGAUUCUUGCCGAGGAAAGAAGCCGGUGA